AUGUGUGGGAAACACAACCUCGGUUCUUUAGUUUAUCGACAUAAAUAUUACUUGUUUCGCCCGCACAGCGAACACACUGAAUUUAUGGAGACAUUGGACUGCGAUAACUCUUCUGAGAAUGAUAAUUGCAGCGACUUCAUGCUAACAUGCCUGUUGGCGUUUACCUGGGCCCUCGAGGAUAAGACAGAGCAGACCACAGAGGACCUAGACACUGCGUCUGCGGACACCGCCAACACCACCGUCGUCCCGAUCCUGCGGCACAUAAACAAAAUCAACGAAGACGGGUCCUACACCUUCGGGUUCGAGGCAGCCGAUGGGACCUUCAAGAUCGAAAACCGCGACAGCUUUGGCAACGUCAAGGGCAAGUACGGCUACAUCGACGACCUAGGUGAGCUGAAGGUCGUCGAAUAUGCCGCUAGCAAUGGUACUACUGGCUUCGAGGCUGAGCCUGACUUGCCGCCCAAAAAAACUCUUCCUGAAGUGCUUCCCGAAGAGCAGACACGCAAAUCUCAGCGUCCUUCCAGGCGGCGGUUUAGUCCUCGGCGCAGACCCCAGCCCCAGUUACAGUCUGAGUCCCAGUUUCAACCUCAGUCCCAGCCUAAGCCUCAGUUCCAGUCUGAUCCCAAGGUUCAAUCUGAGUCCCAACUCCAGCCCAAAUCCCAGUUCCAGCCUAACCGCCAGUUCCAGCCUAACCGCCAGUUCCAGCCUGAUUCCCAAUUCCAGUCUGACCCCCAGUUCCAGCCUAAGCCCCAAUUUCAGCCUAAACCUCAGUUCCAGUCGGACCACCAGUUCCCACCUAAACCUCUGCAAUUCCAGCCUGAUUCCCAAUUCCAGCCUGACUCCAAGUUCCAGCCUGACUCCCAGUUCCAGCCUGACUCCCAGUUCCAGCCUGACUCCCAGUUCCAGCCUGACUCCCAGUUCCAGCCUGACUCCCAGUUCCAGACUGACUCCAAGUUCCAGCCUAACUCCCAGUUCCAGCCUAAACCCCAGUUCCAGCCUCAAUCCCCGUUCAAACCUCAGUCCCCGUCUCAGUCUACUCCCCGUCCACAGUUCAGUCAGUUCCCAGCCCGACCCAAGCCUCAGAUAAACCACCGCGCCAAUGCUCAGCCCCAAACCCCGCUUAUUGCUCCAACAGAGACCCAACCUCAGGUUACUCCUCGACCAGCAACCCAGUUCCAGUUCUCACGUCCUAGGCCUCUUCCCGAGUCUUCGUCCAGUCCACAGUUUCCACCCCGUCCCCAGUCGCAGUUUGCCUCUCGCCCACAGUCUCCGUUCUCUCCGCAAUCACAAUUUCCAGACAAUCGCCAGCAGCCGAAAUUCCCCCCAUCUUUCCCUCGGCCCCAGACUCCCCAGGAUGGUGGGUUCUCGCAGGAUGAUAACCAGGAUGGUUUCGUUAACGGGUCGCCGGAAGCGGCCAAGAAGGGAAGCCCCAGGUUACCUGCUGGGACUUUUAAUCUAUUCCCAUCCCAACCAACUUCCCAUCCUCGACCACCACCCGUUCAGCCUCGCCCACAGCUCGUCUCCCAGCAACCGCAGUCAUUGUUCUUCUCACAGCAACCACAGCCACAGUUCUUCCAGCAGCAGAGUCCUCAAGGCUUCAACCGGUUCGCCCAACAAGCACCACAGUUUACGCUUCAGCAGCUGACGCCACAACAGAUCCAGCAGCUCCAGCAGCUGACUCCACAACAGCUCCAACUGCUCCAGCAACAAAUCCAACAGCAUCAACAACUGACUCCGCAACAAAUCCAGCAGCUGCAACAGCAAGUCCUUGCAGCCCAACAGCAAUCGUCCCUGCCACAGUUCUUCCCUCAACAACAACUGACCCCACAACAGGGAGCAGACUCACGAUUUGUUCCCCAACAAUUCGGAGGCCAACAGUUUCCUUCACAGCAAUUCGGAGGCCAACAGUUUCCUUCACAGCAAUUCGGAGGCCAACAGUUUCCUUCGCAGCAAUUCGGAGGCCAACAGUUUUCUCCACAGCAAUUCGGAGGCCAACAGUUCUUACCGCAGCAAUUCGGUGGACAGCAAUUCGGAGGCCAACAAUUUGUGCCACAACAAUUCGGUGGACAGCAGUUUGUACCACAGCAAUUCGGAGGACAACAAUUUGUACCACAGCAAUUUGGCGGCCAGCAGUUUGUACCACAACAAUUCCAGAAUCCACAAUUUGGAGUUCCUCAGCAUUUCGGUUCGUCUGCAGUCAAGAAAUCUGAUGAAUCUUCAAAGUCGCAAUCGUCAGCGGCUUCGCACAGCCUUCCCACAGUAACAUCGCGGCCCACAGCAGCAUCGCGGCCCACAGCACCUUCCAGGGGCAGAGCACCAUCGCGGGCCGCAGCAGCUUCGGCGCCCAAAGAAGCAUCCCUUCCAGGUCCUUCAGCAGCUCCCCAGCCCAAGCCUGACUCCUCAUAAUUCCUGACCUUUUGGGAUACUGAACCGUUAUUUAUUCCUUUGCAGUCUGGUUCUUACUGCAUAAAUACUAUACACACAGGUUGUUCCACCCUGUCAUCAUACAUAUGUAUUUUUCAUUCUUGUAUUUUGUAUAUAGCUUUUUGUAACUAAUAAAAAUAAAUAUACUAAAAAUUGA